ACGUCACCGAAGGCGAGGUCGGACGAGUUUGAUUUUCAAAACAACAACAAACCGCCAAAAUGGUGAUGGACGAAGGGGCGCCGAUGCGCGAAGCGGUUGACGUCCUGACGAAGUUCUCCCUCGACAGACUCGACAGCAGUUGGAUUAAGGCGGUGAUCGAUGGGGACUUCACCGAAGUGGAGGACUUACCGGCGGAAUUCGCCGAGGUGCACUCCGACACCCGCUUCCAGGAGGCCCUCGACGCCGCCGUCGGGUCCUUACGACGUUAUGUCGACAGUUUGGCGCCCGCUGACGCAGACGCCGACGGAGGGAAGAGGCUGUCAGUGGCCGCCUCCGCCGGCGUAUCGGGCCAUCGGGAGGAUCUGUCGAGUCUGAACGGCACUCGGGAGGAGGGCGACGGCGAACUGGGGACGAGAUUCUGGGCGGCGUUGGCAGCAGAGAGCCUGAGCGUGAAGGGCCUGAAGGCCUUCCUCUUUUACUUCCUGCACAAGGGCCAAAGGUACGGCGCCAAGGAGGAGGACCGAGAGUGCGCCAUCCGAGCCUGCAGCCUCUACUUCCUGCUGCUAUGUGUCCCCGGCAGCAACGCCUUCCGGGUCUUCCACCCGGUGCUCUACACGAAGUCCGUCGAGGUGCUCAGGUUGUCGUCCAAAUUGAAGGUGGGAGCGACGACGCAGAGAGGCCGGCCCCCAUUGGGUGGCCGGGGCGGGGGAAGCCAGGGCAGGAAGUCACAAGACGAACUCUCCAGCCAAGGCGACGACGACGAGGAAGAAGAAGAAGAGGGGUCCACACUGUCGCCGGCCGAGGCGACCAAGUUGACCAGGUCGCUGAAUCACCUCUUCGACGACUUCUUCAGGCUGACCAAGAGGUUCUCCCUGAAGCAUUCGGCCGAGUGCCUCGACGAAACCGUCGGCAUCUUGGUCGAGGUGUCGCGGUGCGAGACGCAAGACGCCCAGGGCGUGUUCCUCCGCCGCCACGGCCCCUCCUCCGUCACGGCCCUGUCGCACAACGCGUACGUUGCUCUCCAGUGCGUGUGUGACCCCGUUCACGGAAAGCUGAGCAGAAUCGUCAUCGUCGUCAUGAAGCACAUCAUGCACAGUAUCCUCAUGAUCGCUCGAGGUAGCUCGGACUCGUCGCCCCGAGCUUUGGGUGUCAUUAGGGAUCAUUCCCAGAUUUUUGUGAAGUAUAUUUUAACACAAGUCAAAGAAGAAGCUUAUGAAGGUGUUUACAUCUUGAUCCAGCACAUCUGCAUUCGCGUCCCAGACCGAGCGGAAUUUCGUCAGAAGACAGCGCAGUCUGUGGUCGAGAUAUUGCGUUACCUUCCCAUCCAGCUGUAUACGAGGCUCGUGAAGUGGUUCUUCAAAUUUUCCCAUAAUGAAAAGGCAGGCCACAGGUUGUUUAUGCUGGAAGUGAUAGCCAAGAUGCUAGAUGAAAAGGAGAGAGUUGAGGAGGGCACUGGAACUCCAGUGGUGCAGCAGCCUGCCAGAAGGGAAAAGAGAGAGGUUUCGGAAGACUCCUCGGACAGUGACAGCGACAGUGAUUGUGGGGUGCAGAGAAACGAAGGCAGCACCUUUCUGAAGGUUAACGUGGAUCAUCCUGUCGAAGCUCCUCCAGAUCGCAAUGUUCUGUCGCACAAGUUUCUCUUGGGCAUCAUUUUCUCCAGGUGUCGUGAUAGUGGUGCGACAGUUCGCGCAAAAGCUUUAGCUUUGCUGGCAGAGUGCACCUAUUCAAAAAAUCCAACCAUCAUUUUAGCAAUGAAGCAGAUUUUCUUUCAGAAUCGCCCCCUGUUGUUCACAACACCUCACAUUGAUCAGAAUAACAUCAAUAUCGAGUCGCCCUUAGAACAAGAAGGGGAGGAAAACCUCGACUUGCCAAAUGCAGCCAUGAUGGUUUCCAUGCUCCAUCGGCGUGCACUUGACAACAAAGCGAUUGUACGCAGGUCUGCGUUGCAGGUGUUGGAGAAUUUGAUGAAACUGGACAAAGAAUUGCUUAACGUCAAGAAUUUAGAGGUGCUCAUGGAACACUGCCGCGACCCAGCCCUCCUGAUCAGGAAACAGAUGAUCACUUCGUUGUCGGCGCUUGUAGAAGCUUACCCGGAAAAUGAAGAUGUAAUUAUCUGUUGGAUCAAGGGUGUCUUCCCUCUUAUCCUUGAUCCAGAGGUCAAAGUUCAAGAAAAAGUGACCGAGCUCCUUGAUCAGUUGGUGUUCAGAAGACUGGUUCCGUACAGUGAGCGGCAGGAGGAAACUCCUGACCAGAAGCUUCCGUGGGUUAUUGUUGCUACUGUUACAAAACUGAGUUUCCACAAAUUCUUCAAUAAAGCUGUGAUGAUCUGGGCAAAAUCUGAAUACAAAAGGCCCCAGAUUGUAAAGGUAGUGCGUACUCAUAUGAGCAAGGAGCAUAACGAAGAGAUGUGGACACUCUUGGCAUCACUGUCCAACUACUUGACCGUUACUGAUGCUGCUUUUGUUGUUAAUUAUUUUGAGGAACAGUGUCAGGAAGGUUCAAAGGUGGGAUCAUACACCCUUCAACAGGUAUUGAAGGUUCUGAGUAACAGCAUCAAGAACAUCCCCAACGAUCGAGCAGAGGCUCUCCACGACCGUCUUCUGCGACCUAUAACCCAUUUCAAUGUUGGAGCACAGCUCAUAUCCCCGAUGAUGGACACGUUAACCUUGCUCACGUACAGUAUGCAUGGAAAUGAGGAGGAAGGUUUAGUAGCGUUGGAGAAAUGGGUCGCCCCUAUCCUGAAAUCUUGUGAUGACCAUCUGGCAAGUAUCCUGUUUCAACACUCAUUGUCCAGUCUAGAUGCCGAAGAAGAGGAGAAACUUUUUCGCCAUAUCUUCACCUUGGGUGAGGCAUCAAUGUUAUGUCCUCGUAAGGUCAACAGGAGGAUGUUCUUGUUGAUCCAGAGCAUCAUUUUUCAACAAACUGGGAAAGAGGCAAGGCCUCUCGUAAUCCCAGCAUCACAGACUCAGAGUUCGCAGCCUCCUUCUAUAUCUUACAAGCCAACUACAAGAGUUCGGGCUGUGGCUAUUGUAGCUCUAGGUAAAAUGUGCUUGCAGCAUGAGGAACAAGCGAAGCGUAUCAUUCCUGCCCUUGGGAAAAUGCUUGAUAUGAAGAUCUGCCCAGCACUGAGGAUCAACAUUGUAUUUACGCUCUCGGAUAUGUGCGUGAGGUACGCAACUCUUGUGGAUCCUCUGAUGCCACAAGUGACUGCUUGUUUGCGUGACCCUGAUCUAGAAGUCAGAAGGACUACUCUCACGCUGCUCAUCAACUUAUUGCAAGAGGAUUAUCUCAAGCUCAAGGGGUCCUUCUUUUAUCGCAUCUUGCAGUGUCUGACUGAUGAUCACGACGAAAUACGAAGCACCGUUAUCUUCUAUGUCACCGAGAGGUUGUUGAAACGCUUCCCAAAGAUUCUUUGUCAGCACUUUAUUGAAUGUAUCUUCCAUUAUAACUGCUAUGAGGAACACGAGAGUUAUAACAGAUUCUCCCAGAGCUCCAAGGAAAAGGAGUUGUUUUCUUUAGCGGGCAAAGAACACAUGGAAGAAAGGAUGAUGAUUUAUAAGUUUAUGCUGGAUCACAUGCAGGAUGAUCAGCGAUUUACAACAACCCAUAGACUCAUUCAGGAUGUUUUAGGUGGACUGGUUGAUGGUCGCAUAAAGCUCUCUCCUGGAAGCUUGCCCAUGCUGGAGGACACACUCAAUGUCUUGAGAAGCGACGAGAUCAAGCUUGCGUCGCUGAAAUCACGACCCGAGGACGCAGACCAGCCUGCUGAUCAGGCGGAAGAGGCUGCCAUGGCCGGCAUGGUGAUCAAAAAGACUAUUAUUUCACAGGUAGUAAAGCGCAGUGUGAUAGAGAAUGUCGUUCCAAUCCUGAUUGCUGUCAAACAUAAAUUAGAGGAACAUAGAUCGCCUCUAAUGAAGCACUUACUGCUCUACUUUAAGGAACUUAUGAAGGAUUACAAAAACGAGGUAAAAGAAAUAUUAGCAGGUGACAAACAGCUUGCUCAAGAGAUUGAGUUUGAUUUGAGACGACUUGAUCAGGAGGAAAAAGAAAGAGAAGAAGAAGAGCUAAAGAGGAGACAGGCUGAAAAAGAGGUUGCUGCUGAUGUUCAAGAUGAUGCUGGUGAAUGUGCCAAUGAUCUUGAGAAAUCUUUAAGUUUGGGCACAUCGCCGUCCCUCAAGAAAAAUGGUCCGGAAAUGAUACCAAAGACACCAACUGCUGUACAAAAUAAACUCCACAAAAUGGCACUGCUGAAUUCUAAGGCAAUAACAAAUAGGAGGAGGAGUUCUCUUGUACCAGUGCCAUUCAUUCAGGACAGUGAUUCAAACUUAAAUUCACGGGAAACUCGAGCUUCAUUGGAGACUCAAGCUUCACAUUCCCAAAAUGCAGCUCAGGUCCAGACACCAAAAGCUGAUGGUGAAGAAGAGAAUGUUCAAGCACCAAAGGCAUCCGACGUUGAGAGACAACCUAAUUCUGAUGAGGAAGUUGGGAAGGAAGCCGGACCUCUUCAGGAGGAGGUUAGGAAGGAAGCCGGACCUCUUCAAGAGGAAGAAGACUUGGAAAACAACGCUUCUGAGAAGGACGACACCCACAUUGAUCCCAGGCCAAUUGGAGGAAAUUCUCCAGUUAGAAAUGUUGAAGGAACACCCAAAGGAAAAACAUUAAAGUCAACUAGGGAUAAAUUAUUGAGAGCCAUUAGCACACCUCAUCACAAACCUGGUGUGAUUAGUAAUAUUACAUUUAUAGAUGAAACCCAGGAUCUUAGUGCAAUAACUGUAAACACCUCGGCUGCUUCACUGCCAUCAGUUACCGAACAACCUAAAUUAGUUUUACAUUUGCAAAGUCCUGAAGCCUUUGCAAAGGAAUCUGACUUUAGUCAAUUACGUCGAGCAAGUAGGGAAACCGACCGCAGAUCUGAAUCUAAAGGGAAGGCUGCAAAGUCAAUUCGUAAAUCUAACCCAGAAAUUUUCGAUUCCCUCGCUAGUGUUGAAACAGAGCUCGAUAGUGAUAAUUCUGAUUUAGUCCCAGAAAAUCAAAGUGCACAAAAAGGAGGAGCAAGGGUGGAAGAAGCAGUCAGUAAGGGUAAAAGGACAAGACAUAUGGCCUCGCUCAGUCCUUACACCAAAGAAGGGUGGAGGUCGAGAAAAAUUCAGAAGCCAAAAUAAUACACUGUAGGUCAAAAGGAAGUGGAGGAAAAUAUUUUGUUACUCGGAUGAAUAUCAGGUCAUAAUGUAUUUGGUAAAAUCUUAUUUUGCUUUAUCUUUUGUGAUGAAUAUAAGGUAUUAAUGUAUUUAGUAAGAUUAUAUUUUGCCUUAUCUUUUGUAAACUGUAUAUUAAGGAAGAAUAAAGUAUAGGUCGAAAGGAAGUGGAGGGAAAUAUUUUUUUACUCGGAUGAAUAUGAGAUAGUAAUGUAUUUAGUAAAAUUUUAUUUUGCUUUAUCUUUUCUAAACUGUAUAAUAAGGGAGUAUUAAGUCCUGUUAAGAUUCUGUAUUGUAGUGUUCUUGGAGGUCAAGAAAAAUUCCGAAGCCAAAAUAAAGUAUAGGUAGAAAGAAAGUGGAGGAAAAUAUUUUUUUACUCGGAUGAAUAUAGGGUAAUAAUGUAAUUAGUAAGAUUUUAUUUUGCUUUAUCUUUCGUAAACUAUAUUAAGGAAGAAUUAAGUACUAUUUAGGUUUUGUAGUGUUCUUAAGUGUUAUGAUAUCUCAAAUUAGAAAUAAAGACAUCCUAAAAUCAUGACUUUCUAUAUUUUAAUGUUUAAGACAUUUGGCAAGGUGGAAAUGCCUGAGUAAAACUUGAAGGAAGUAUAAGUUUAUGUAAAAUUACAAAGUGAAUACAUGUAAUAAAAGACACAAGGGAAGACCAUCAAGUUGACUUCCACAGGGAACGACUAAGUACAUAAAAUACAAGGGCCUGGCAGUGGCUUGCGACUUUUGCUUUCCUUAAUGUAUCACAGGCAUCCAAAACUUUUGAAUUUUGCAUUAUAGUUAUGUAUGAAAACCAGACUACCAUAUCAGGACCUUUGAUGAGCAACGUGUUUUGUCCUCUGUUCCAUUGAUUGUGUUCAAGCCCUUUUCCAUAAGAGUGCAGCAGUAUAUAUAUUUGUAUGUAAUAUGUAUGCUUAGUGCAGUCUGUGUUGUUAAAAGGACAUGAAAUUAUAUCUGAAAGGAUUUGUUGUUGUAGAAAUAAGGUUUAAAAAGAAUAUUGGGUGUCUGCUAACAGGAUAGGGUGGGAAAUACUAUAGGGCUAAUUACAUAUGUGAGAUGGUAAUGGAAUUGGAGGGCUAGGACAUCUCUUUUGUGUUGAGUUGGGGGAAUGGUAUGAGACUGUCAACUUGUGCCCUCUGGACACCAGGAGAUUUGAAAAACCCAGACCUUGCAUGGUAAUUAUGCAAUGGCCGUCUGGACGCGAGAGGAUAUUGCAAGACAUAAGAUAAUGGUAAUGGAGAUGUAUGUAUUGUGUUCUGUAAUGCGCUAGUUAUGCUUGGUUAAUUUUCAGCUCUCGGAUUUCACUUGUUAUAAGAAGAAAUCCUCUGGAAGCUUUUCCUGAUUUGAAGUAUAAUGUCAAAUUAAACAGCUUUGUGAUAUCAGUGACAUUAAUGUAGUCUUGAUGAAUAUUACCUUGUAGUCCUUUUAUAUCUGAUGACUCAACCCAAUCACUGAAUGCAGAGAGAAAUACAGAUCUUACUGUGAUAGCUCAAUCUAGUUGUCGUCUCAGUGAACAGCGUGUAAUAAACUCUUUGCGACCAGAUACAACAAAACCCUAGGGGCAAUUUUGUUUGUUCGUUCCUGAUCCUUGGGCCGUGGCAGAAGACGCCCUGCAACACUUUGGGAAAACCUGGAUGUUGAUGCCUUUUCCCCUUAUUCCUGAUCCAUCAAGUUAUCAACAGAGUAAUGACUUCUCAGAAUCUCGGGAAGACUAUUGGCUCCCUUAUGGCCACACGUAGAAUGGUACCCCAAUCUUCUAGCUUUGCUGACUGAGGGAGAUUACCCCGGGCACAACCUUCUUUGCCUGCCACACAUCAAUAGGGUCCUUAUCUCUUCACAACUGGAGACAAUCCAGUAUCUGUUGCGAGUGAGAUGCUUUUCCCGUAGAACAGCCAUGGAGAUGUCUGGUUAUCUCAGAAGAUGAGACUCCUGAGAAGUCUAUAUAAGACUCGGACGUCUGGAAAAACUAAUCCUUAUCAUUAUUAUCCUCUACUUAUGAACUUGCAGAGAUACGAACAUCUGUGCAUGGAACUGCAUAUCUCUCAAGAAAAACAGUCCAGUCCAGUCCAUCAAACAGUGCCUGACAGCUCUGGGCUGCUCGAAGGUGUCACAUGCAUACCAAAGUAGUGUAGGCCAGGAAGAGGGGGGACUGGGGGAGGCUGGUGAGCAGACAAGAAAUUCACCAGGAAACCACCCAAGAGGGUAAACCCCGUAGGCCUAGGGACACCCAAACCACUGCCACUUUGUUGGACUCCAAAUCUGAAACAAAGGGAGCUGGAGGGGGAGUCUCCUCUCUUGAUACUAGAUGACAUGAAGUAAGCGGCAUCAACAUGAAUGGUGUGUGGAAGGUCUUAUAUCCAGUUUGUAAAUGACUUCAGACAGUUUAAUCAAGAGGAGGAAAAGGGAGCCUAACAGUCUUGUUGACUUAAGUGAAAAGUUACAGCUUGCUGUAGGGGAAUAGGACUUCCAAGAGUUGUUUGACAGUCAUUCUGAGUUGACAAAUGUGGAUUUGAUGGAACUGGAAGAAAUGCAUAAAACAGAAAAUCAUGAAGAACAACUCGUUCCCUUAAAGAAGUUUUAAACAUACUUGAUGGCCUAGAGAUUUUCAAAACUUCCAUAAAAAGUGUUGACCAUUUUUAAGAAUAAAGAGCCCAACAGUCGGUGAUGCUUUCCAGUGUUAUCGUAUCAUAUAUGAUGAAAAUAAAAGUAUAGAACAAUACAAAAUUCCAUAGACAAAUUCUUUAAACCAAUGCCUUCAAACUCAAGAGCCUCGCCACCUCCUCUCAUCAUCCGUCACGACGCCUAUGACACCAGUUUCAAAGUUAAGAAAACUGUACAUGUACGUACUUUGCUGUAUUAUUAUUAUAAUUUUGUUUUUCAUAGCUUCCAUGAUAAUGCAGUUAUGUAAAUGUAGUAUCUUUUCAGUAUUUGCUAAAAUCAUGUUAAUACAUAUGUAAUCUCUUUAUAGGGUUUCCUUUAUUAUUUGAUAUAAGAAAAAUAACAUUCCAUA